UUGGCGUGACAGCGCGUGGCUGCGGGGCCGGAGGAGAGUUACCUGUUGCUGUUGCACAGUGUGAGAGAGUUAUAGAGAGAGGCUUAGGGCGGAGGAGUUACAGUACAGGACGUUCAGUACAGGACCGAGGAGCGCGUCUAUCACUCGCAGUUACACACAGAGAGAAUUUGAGUAAGAGUGAGUUUGUGAGAGGUUUGGAGGAGCUGACGGACGGACGGCUCGGGCCCGCAGGAGGACAGUAGGACAGCAGGACGAUGGAGGAGCGGAAACUCCCAGUCUCCAGCCACCCGUUCAGCGUGGAGUCGCUCAUGGCCCGGGAGGGGCGCCGCAGCCCCGCGGACGGGUCCUGGGCCUCGCUCGCCAAGGCUCAGCUCUCCGCGUACCGAAACGAGGAGCCGUGCAGCCCGGAGGAGAGCCGGAGACUCUUCCUCCAGAGCUCCCCGGUGAAGUCCGAGUCCCCGGAGCCGGAGGACUGCACGGCCUGGGCUGUCAACCCCUCAUUCCCCCAGACCCGCCAGGUGAGUCCACCCUGCGCCCUCCGCAAGCACAAGACCAAUCGUAAGCCCCGCACUCCCUUCACCACCUCGCAGCUCCUGGCCUUGGAGCGCAAGUUCAGGCAGAAGCAGUACCUGUCCAUCGCAGAGCGAGCCGAGUUCUCCAGCUCCCUCACGCUCACAGAGACGCAGGUAAAGAUCUGGUUCCAGAACCGGCGGGCCAAGGCCAAGCGGCUGCAGGAGGCCGAGCUGGAGAAACUGAAGCUGGCCGCCAAACCGGCACUGCACCCGGGCUUUCCCCUACCCCUCCCCCUCGGGACACAGUUCCAUUCGGCAGUGUCGCUCUACGGACAGUCGUAUCACUACCAGAGGCCACUGCUGUCUGUUCCCCCUGUAGGACUGUACGGAACGCCGCUGGCUUACGGCAUGUAUCACCUGGCGUGAGGAUACAGAACGGACUCUGGGAAUACAGAGUGUGUGUGCAGAAAGACAGUGUUUACCUGCAUGGAUGCAUUGAGAAAUUCAAUUAAAAAGGUUUAUCCAGUAUGUGAUGGACAAUGCACAUUUAUGCACAAACAAAAAAGUGCCUAAUGUUGAACUUUUAAUGUUUCAUUCAUCCAUCACAAAUGCAGAGAUUAAUUUUGAAUUUUGAAUGUUAAGGUUACGUUCUGAGUGUCUGUAUAUGUGUGUAUGUGUGCUUGGAUGUGAGAAUGUAUAGUGUGCAUGUUUGUGUGUGUGUAAGAGAGUGGAAGACUAUGUUUUUUUCAUUCAUCGUACUGUAAUAUAAUGUAAUACUUGUAAUUUUAAUUAUUUCAUGUACAAAAUAUUGAUUUAUCAGUUAUAAGUGAAAUUCCAUUGCAACAGUUGUUGAUACAGGUCUGCUGGUUAAAAAAUGUUCAGACAAGAUUGCACUUCAUUGGAAUUGAUCUUCACUUGUAAUUACUUUUAUCGCAACAGAUUUUAUUUGAGUUUUCUUCAUACCUCAACAUGAAAGAUGGCAGGUUGAAUGCCAAAUAGCAGUGCCUCAAUAUUUCUAAGCUGUUAUAUGUUAACCCUUUGUGAGAUAAAUUGUAAACAAAAAAAUCAAAUGUUAAAUUAUUUUUAUAAGGGAUCUCCUAUGGGAAUUUGCCACUUUUUUGUUUGACUAAUGCCCAGGUCUGUAAAAAUAACAAUUUCUUGGACUAUUAUUGGACUAGUAUUAUUCCAGAAACAACUGCGACAAUAGCCACUGAUGGAAUAAUAACAUAAUAUAAUAACACAAUUACACCCUUUUUGAAAUGUACAUUAUUAAUAAAUACGUUUUUUUCUUUAAAAGUUGACAUACCAGCACAUUGACAUUAAUGGGCUCUUAUUGUAAAAUAAACACAUUAGGCAAUGCCAAAACCAGUACUGAUCACGAUACAAACAUUUCUAAAAAAAAGAAACAGGCACUAGAUUUAAACAUUUAUUUUUUUUAAAGAAUCUUAGCACAUUUUAGCACAGUAAUCCUGCACCACCCAAACAGCUCUUCCAGAGUGCUGUAAGUUUGUAAAAAAAAGUUGACAGCACUUCUUUAUAUCAGACUUCUGCCUUAUGGCAGUAUAUUUUAUUACACCUGUAUCUGCUGAUACCAACAAUUCCGAUGUUCCGAUCACUUUGCUCACUUUGUAGUUUUAUAAAUGUGGAAGUUCUAUUUUUGUAUCCUGUUUUGCAUAUGCACAUCUUUCCUACGAUCCCUUUGACAGGGAUGGCAUUGUACAAAUAAUAUGUAAAAUUAAUUCUCAAGGGUAUUUUUCUUUUUUUUUUUUAAAUGGAGAAUAAACCUAUUAUUUGUUGUUUAUUACAAUAUGUAUGUAAUGUAUUUCUUAUUUUUAUGUGUUUU